AUAAUUUCAGUCACAGAUUUGCUUAAAAAAUACCAUCACUGUCUAAACUGACUUGCUUCAUGUUAAUGGUCAUUUGCAUCCUAAGAGCAAAUACAUGCACAAAGAAACUUCAUCAUUGAAGAACUAAAUACCUGAAACUCCAAUUUUCUUCUGACUACAUCUUGGCAAGGUGACUAAACAGGAAGAUGAAGACAACGAGACACAGCAAACCACACUCUGCCUGCCCUGUCCUGAUAAUCUUUGCUUUGUGUUUGCAAACAAGUGCAAACCACACCGAUUAUCCGAGAGUUACAAAUGAAACCUGGAAUCCUACCAGCCAAAAUCUAAGUGGAAGCCAGAACAUAACCGAAGCCAAUACAGGUUCUCCUCUGAGCAUCAACUUCAGCAGCAAAACGACUACUCUGGAAAUGCAGACAGGGACCCUGCAAUCCUCAUCCUCCACAACGGCCCAAAAUCUCACAUCCUCCCCUGCCAGCAGUGCAGUGGCAACUUCUGCCACUGGAGGACUCGGGAAUUCCAGCAAACCCAAGAGCACAAGGACAAAGGAAACCUGUGAAGACAGCAAGUCUCUCAUAAUGAUCUGCUUCAUUGUAAUAGCAGUGCUCGUGCUCAUCUGCACCUUCUUAUUUCUGUCAACAAUCGUAAUAGCCAACAAAAUGUCUUCUCUCAGGAAAGCUCAGCAGGGAAAACGCAGGCCCAGAAGCAAUGGUGAUAUCCUGGCGACCAACAGCUUGUGGCCAAUGGCUGCAGGGACGUGGCAGAGGAUGAAGGAGACAACUGGAACUGAGUUGAUAUUGCAGGACUUGAUACCAGGGAGAGACACCGCGAUCCCAAGGGAAACUGAAGAUGAAACUACAAAGAAACUCACUAAAGCAGCAGACAAGCAGGAGGGAAGCAAAGAGCCGUCGAAGGCUCACAAACCCAUUUUAACCAAUUUUGUAGUUGAGAUUUAAUUCAUACUCAAGGAAAAACAUAAUUGUCUCUUGCCUUUUUUACAUCAUUAAUAUAAGGCAGAAACUUAACUUUCAAGUAACAUGAAUUUUAACACAAGAAAGCUGAAUUCAGAUCUUAGGGGUUUUCCUUUUAUCAUAGUGGGAAUGCUGCAGCAACUUGUAGAUCUAGAUGGGAACAAGACUGUGUUAAAUAGCUUUCUAUAAGCUGGUGUCAAGACCAGCUUUACUCCUGUGACCAGAACUCAUGGUGACAGGAGCUGAAUGGGAUAAAACAGAAAAGGACAGAAGCCUGCCCAUUCUCAAAGGUCAUUGGGAAAAAAAA